AUGGAGCAGGCGAUGCGGCCGAUUGGGCGGCUCUCGUCGCUCUCAUUGGCCGCUGCCGAGAACCAGAACACCGUCGCGCAACUCACGGCGAUCAAGAAAUGGCGCCAGCGCGCGGAUGCAGCACCGCCCGCGAUCAACGUGGGCCUCGUUCAGGAGCCAAGUUCCUCACUCUAUGACCUCGCAUAUGAGCGGUUCUGUUUUGACUUCGUCAAACCCUGGCCCGGGUCCCUGAGCCGGCUCCCCCGGUUGCUAUCCGAGACGACUUCCGAUUCGUGCCUGCGCUCAAUAUCCACCGCCAUUUUUUAUGCUAAUUUUCACGGCCGAUGUUAUUCAUUGGACGCCAAGGAGGCCAGUGCCAUCCAUUAUGGUCAGGCCCUACAAAAACUGACCCGUGUGAUGACCGACCCCAAUGCCAUACAGCAAAGUGAAAUCCUCAUGGUAAUCUUCCUGCUGAGUCUGUACGAGAUGUUUACUUCUGAUUCCCGCGACGGGUCCUGGAUUGCACAUAUGCGCGGGACUCAGUCGGUGAUUGCUCAACGCGACAUUAGUAGUUUGCAAGACCAAGGGCACUACCUCGCAUCCCUCUGCAUUCAUUUGGCCGUAUACUACGUAUCAGAACGGAGAUUGCCGCCACCACAUCUCUAUCAAUGGGUCCAAAGCACCUCCUUUCCGUUUGACCGCAAAGGGGACCUGGUCUAUAUUAUGUUGAAGACGGCUUCCAUCUGCUUCAAAUUAAACCAGCGCUGCGGACUACAUCGCACCGGAUACUCCGACAGCCUCGAGGAGGAUCUGGCACUUCUCGACCAAGCCCUCGCUCUUGACUCCGACUUCGAAUUUUGGACGUCCAAUUUACCUCCUAAAUGGAAGCAAACGGGUAUGACCCCAAUCUCACUUACUGGUCGCCCGGACUGGAUUCGCGACCUCUUCGCCUCCCCCGGUGCACCACAGUAUACGUACCGUUAUACGACCCGUCUCGCCGCAAGCGACUGGAAUAUGUGCCGCGCCACGCGCAUCAGACUCCACAUUCAGAUCCUCGAGUUUCUUUCCACGUGUUCUUAUCCAGUGUCUGCCGCGGCCGUUCUGGAGAAGGACAGUCUCGAUAAACUGAUCCUCUUCACAGACGAGAUUGCGGCCACGAUCCCGUUUGCGCUGGAUAUCUCGCCAAAUGGUGGGUCAGACUUGGCCUCUUCGAAUAUGAUCCCUGGGCUAUGGGCGUACAUGAUGCUGUGGUCUACCCAGUCUAGCCUGGCGUGUCUACAGCACCGGUUCAGGUGGCAUCGCGACACGAUCCAACGCGCGGACUGGUUCCGGCAGAUGCUUGUGUUCCUGCGCGACGCAACGGGAAUGGCCAAGGUAGAUGUGUUCCUACAGGACAAUCAGCUAGAGACUUUCUAA